CUACCAGUUGCUGCACUGCGUCAGUUACAUUAGUAUCUAUCGCAUUUACGUACAGGGCCCCGUUGGUUACUGGUGACGGGGUGAUUCAUUCCACAUCAUGGGAAGCCUUUUUAGCAGAAAGAAGGAGUCCAGGAUCACAGAGCAGGACAAGGCUGUGCUGCAACUGAAAAAGCAACGUGAUCAACUGAAGCAGUACACCAAGAAGAUUCAAUUGACACUAGAGAAAGACCGCCAGAUGGCAAAAACCCUCCUUCACAGUGGUCAGAAAUCGCGAGCCAAGCUUCUGCUGAAGAAGAAGCGGUUCCAGGAGCAGCUGCUGACCAGGACAGAGGGCAUGCUGGACAACAUUGAGCAGAUGACCCACGACCUUGAGUUUGCACAGGUGGAGAUGAAGGUCCUGGACGGCUUGAAAGACGGAAAUGCGGCACUGAAGAAGAUGCACGACCUCGUCAGCAUCGACGAGAUUGAGCGUAUCAUGGACGAAACGCAGGACGGCAUAGAAAAGCAACAGGAGAUCGACGAGCUCCUCUCGGGCCAGCUGACGGACGAGGAUGAGCAGGCCGUGCUGGCCGAGCUGGACGAGCUGGUGGCGGCCGAGCUGCCGGCCGAGCCGGCGCAGCGCCUGCCAGACGUGCCGGCCGAGCCGCUGCCCCAGCCGGAGCCGGAGCCCGAGCGGGACGAGCCGGAGCCGGAGCGGGCCGCGCCCCGGCGCGUGCCGCUGGCCGCCUAGUCGGGGAGUCCGGCCACCGCCGCCGGCAGAAGUUUCUCGCCGCGUGGCUGCUGCCGGUCGACCGCGUGGCUGCCGGUCGACCGCGUGGCUGGCUGCCGGACGGCGUCCUUCGCCGUCCGCCGCGUGGGUUGACGCCCGCUGUACGGUUGUCGUGGGAGGUGCCACCGCCCGGUGCCAUGUCAGUUGUUGGCCGCUGCGACGCUCCGCGGUCUUUGGGGUACAGCGCUGCGCGCAUGAAGGGGUGACCGAGGCCUACCUCGGCCCGCUGCCGGGAUGUGACUUGCAGGGCGGCCUCUGCACGGUCUCCUCGAAGCCGCCAGCCGAGUUCAGCGGAAGUGACUGCUCGGUAACAUGGCGCCGCCCGUCGGCGACGGAGCGUUACGAGUGCAUAUGUUCUCCGCGCGAUGGCGCUUGGACGUGGAGACGCUGUGAUGAUGGUUGACUUGCACGGCCAGCCUAUGCUGCUCCACCAUUCUGGUCAGAAGGAGCUGUGUUAGCAGCUAGACUACUGACUGGUGUGCUUAUGUGGGUGUUUGUGAAGUGUCUCAAUCAAUGGAAAACCAGCCUUUGAGGGUACCGUGAAGCCUUUGAGGGUACCGUACCGUUUGCCUGGUCAGCCCGCCUUUUUCUGUAUACACCUGGCGCUGCGAGAGUUGUGGCAUGAACCUCACAGGUGACGAUGUCAGCGGCGCUUCACUGUGCUUCAUCAGCUUCAUCUGCUUCCCUGCCCUGGUUCAUCCGUCAAGUGUGUCCGUUACUCGAUCAUGUCCGGUUUUCACAGUGAAGUCACAGUGCGACCAGCUGACCAUCCCAGGCCGACCAGCCGGUCAGCUCUGGCCGUCCGUUCGCGAUGGUUACUGCCGAACGGAUGCGAGUAGCGAUGGUUACUGUGAGACAUCCGGAGCGGCGAUGGUUACUGUGUGACAUCCGCAGCGGCGAUGGUUACUGUGCGCUGCCUUCAGCGCCGGCUGGGCACCGAAACGCAUUUUCACCCGGGCCGUCACUUUUGUAUUUCAACGGCGCAGGGGUUCUCGUCGUCAGCUAUGAUUCACUUGUGUAUCUCGUGCACGCACCAAACGCGAGAUGGGUGUGACGAUAAACUGUGUGAUCGCUGUC